GAUCUAAAAGUAGAGCUCAGCGCUCGAACCGUUCAUUCACUGCUUGCGAAUAAAAACUGGUCACGCACAAUUUCUCUUCGCGUCCCAUUUAGCCUAUACUGCAACAACUGCACUUAGCAAUGCAAGGCAGGCCAGCUUUUGGGCUUUAUAAGCUCAGUGUCUCUGUGAACUCCAGUAAAGUUGACAGAAGCAAUUUUUGUAAACAUUGCCAAUUGAAUGAGACAGCCUCCGUUGGUGUUACGCUGUGUUAUAGAAAUACCACACAAGGCUAACUGCACACGUACGUCUGCCUGCAGAUGAGUUUUCAGCACCCGAGGAAUACAAAUCUGCGAACCAGAGAUUGAAAGGUGUCAUAAGGAAUCAUAAAACAGUCGGAAGAGUUACAUCAUCGGACGUGAACCAUGUGGAAGUUUUUGCAAGUGCCGUUCUUUGGAUACACUGCGUUUGUGCUGGGUGUUCUAGGAUCGCUUGUGAUUGGUAACGUGGACGCCUAUCUGCAUCGGUAUGGACGUCACGUUUGCACCUCGGCCUCAACCAAUGAGAUCUCAACUGGUGUCAUCGUGGAGUCCUACUGCCAGCCAUACUUCAAACCCUACUUUGCCCGAUGUGAACCGCAGGGCCAACUCUGCACCAAAUACCAGACCGUUUAUCGUAUGGCCUAUCGGACACGCAGCAUAGCCCAAGAAUCAAGAGGGCCUAAAUACGUCUGUUGCCCAGGAUGGAAACAACACAACCCACAGGCUAACUCCUGUAAUGAACCGGUGUGCAGUAUAGAAUGUCGGAAUGGUGGACGAUGCGUAGCACCGGAAUCUUGCGCCUGUCCUCCGGGUUACACCGGACAAUACUGUGAAGAAGUGAGUUGCUCCGUAGAGUGCGCUAACGAUGGCUUCUGCCGGACUCCAGACACUUGCUCCUGCACAGGUGGUUGGCAGGGAGAAUUCUGCGAAGAGGCUCUGUGUCUUCGUUCAUGUGAACACGGUGGUAGAUGUGUACAACCAGAUUCCUGCGCUUGUCCUAAUGGCUGGGCUGGCCGCUACUGCCACGAAGAUGUGGAUGAAUGUGAAACCGAUUCUCACGGUUGUCACCACCGAUGCAUGAACUCGGAGGGUAGCUUCACAUGUUCCUGUCAUCCAGGAUUUACCUUAGAUGAAGACGGCCAAUCGUGUUCAAUUUGUCUGACAUGCAGUGCCGAGUAUGUAGCACUUCAAGAUAAAGUCAACCUCAUUGAACAGAAUCUUGGGGUGAUGCAGGCAGAGAGUGCAACCAGAGAAGACGCCAACGUCAAAGUGGUCAACAUGCCGCUGAACGAUGAGCAGAUGUCAAAGAUUGAACUCAUCACGUCGCUGAGUGAACAGAUAUCAAUGCUGGAAGAACGGCUGGAAGAUUGUACUUGUAAGGAUUACCAAAACAGUAGACAGUACCCGAGGCGGAGGCCAAACAGAGAAAAACGAUCGGAAGAGAAGAGGAAAAAACAUUCAGUGACUUCAAAUCUUUAGCCAGAUAAUUGUUUUUAUUGCCGGCGUUCAUUAGUCAUAUGGUUCUUGGGCUGACUUGAUUUUUUUUCUCAUUUCAAGCAUACAGGGUCUAAAAGCUUAACUUUCAAGUUGCAUUUUCUUUCAAAAUUGCAAAGCUAGGAUGCCAACAUCUAAGUGUAAAAUUUGGACAGUUGCUCUAAAAUGUGAAUAUUUGUGUAAAAAGAGGAUUUUACCCUCGCUUUCACUGAUCCCUGAGGUUCGGUUUGAGUUUGAAGUUUAACUUAUGUUUCUUAAAAUAAAAUCAGUCAUGUUUUUUUUCCAAUUAAAUUUUUUUUAAUGCGGUUUGAUUUCAUUUCGAAAUACCAUUUCUUAAAAUAUUUUGGGUUGUAAUGAUAUAUUAACUUCAGUAAAAUAAAAAAAAACUAACCAAGGCAUUGUUUAAACCAGGUUGCUAGUUCUUAACCAGUUUGCGCCGGGAUUAUUUUGACAUUGACCGGACCUAGGCGCGGGAUUGUUUUCACGAACCUCAAA